CGCCUCGCUUUCUUUCCAGCGUCUCCUAAUGGGUGUGUUUUAGAGGCUGUAUUUAAUCGGCAGCAUCACACCGAGCCAUGGUCACGGAGCGACCGACUCCGCCGAGGACUUACCCGCCGACCUGAUCACACCGGACUGCUGUGAAACUCCGUGCUGGGUGGUUGAAGUUUCCGAGCCGGGUGGUUGAAGUUUCCGAGCCGAGGACAGGACGAUCCGAACUGUGUGAUUAAUGUGAAUGAACCAUUUUGUCCGUUUCUGGACUUUUCUGAGGUAAAAGUGACGGUUGGAAGUUGACGGUUGGAAGGUUUGACGGUUGGUCUCGCGGAGUCACGCGCUAAAUUCAAAUCUUAACGUUUCGUGCGCGCGAGCUGCUGAUGCUGGCUGACAUUGAGCGUCCUCAACGCGGUUUGUGAGGCUGACAGGGAAAUAAACUUGUAACCGAAGAUACCGGCGAUUUUACCGCGAUGUUCUGAGUAUCGAGUCAACCAGUGCGAGUUUAUAUCGCUAUUAUUGGUACCGAACUUUGGUUUUAUGUGUUUUAUGUUUGAUUCGGGAUGUUCGAGUCAGCCGCAGCACUUUUCACUCGGACGCUAAGCUAACUAGAAAUUAAUUCCUGGUUGGCUAACAUACCUGCAAAGGGAGCGUUGGUGUUAAAUUAGCAUUCUAGCUAACAGGCUAAGUCGUUCGGGAUCAGACUAGGAAGUAGCCUAGCCAAGUAAGUAAGCGAGCAGUUUGCCAAGUUUAAAGCCAAGAUGCUGUUGAGAAUAUCCUCCUGAAGACCCUGAUACUCAACUUAUAUACAAACUCAACCCACAUCAUGGCAUCUGUAAGGACUUCCAGCAUGAAGGUGAUAACAGCGGUGGUGCUUCUGGCUCUGGUCCUGAUCUCCGGGGCUACAGUGCAUGCCAGUUCACCGCACGUCUCCUCUGACCAGUCGGGCAACAAUCAUGGCAAUUCGAGACACGCUGGGACUCAUCAGCCGAAUCACACCAAGAAGGCUUUUCCUGUCCUGGCUUUUGAUUAUGAACACGUCCAUCAUCCGUUUGCCAUCGUGCUCUGGAUCCUCCUGGCUUCCCUCAUGAAACUAGGAUUUCAUCUGAUUCCUCGUCUGUCCUCCAUCGUCCCCGAGAGCUGCCUUCUCAUCGUGGUGGGCCUGGUGGUGGGCGGGCUCAUCAAACUUUUGGGCGAGGACCCACCCGUGCUGGGCUCCGAGCUCUUCUUCCUCUGCCUCCUUCCCCCCAUCAUCCUGGACGCCGGCUACUUUUUACCCAUCAGGCCCUUCAUUGAGAACCUGGGAACCAUCCUCAUGUUCGCUGUGGUGGGCACGCUGUGGAAUUCCUUCUUCAUCGGGGGUUUGCUGUUCGGCGUGUGCCAGAUCCAGGGCACCAACCUGCAAACGGUCACCCUGCUGCCCUGCCUGCUGUUCGGCGCCGUCAUCUCGGCCGUGGAUCCCGUGGCAGUCCUGGCCGUGUUCGAGGAGAUUCACAUCAACGAGCUUCUGCACAUCCUCGUGUUCGGAGAGUCGCUGCUCAAUGACGCCGUCACAGUGGUUCUGUAUCACCUGUUUGAGGAGUAUGCCAGCGUGGGCUCUGUAACCGUAGCCGACAUCUUUCUGGGCAUCGUUUCGUUCCUCGUGGUGUCUCUGGGUGGCGUGAUGGUGGGCGCCAUCUACGGGAUCCUGUCUGCGUUCACGUCCCGAUUUACCUCGCACACGCGGGUCAUCGAGCCGCUCUUCGUGUUCGUCUACAGCUACUUGGCGUACCUGUCGGCCGAGGUGUUCCACCUGUCUGGCAUCAUGGCUCUGAUCGCGUGCGGCGCGGUCACGCGGCCCUACGUGGAGGCCAACAUAUCCCACAAGUCCCACACCACCAUCAAGUACUUCCUGAAGAUGUGGAGCAGCGUGAGCGAGACGCUCAUCUUCAUCUUCCUCGGCGUGUCCACUGUAGCCGGGAAACACAAGUGGGACUGGACCUUCGUGACCGUGACCGUCAUCCUGUGUAUGGUGGCUCGGGUUCUAGGAGUCAUUGGUCUGACCUUCGUAAUCAACAAGUUCCGCAUAGUCAAGCUCACCACCAAGGACCAGUUCAUCAUCGCGUACGGUGGCCUGCGAGGAGCCAUCGCCUUCUCUCUGAUCUAUCUGCUCAACAAGGAACAUUUCCCCAUGAAGGACAUGUUCGUCACUGCCGUCAUCACCGUCAUCUUCUUCACCGUCUUUGUACAGGGAAUGACCAUUCGACCCCUGGUGGACCUGCUGGCUGUCAAGAAGAAGCAGGAGACCAAGCGCUCCAUCAACGAGGAGAUCCAUACUCAGUUUUUGGACCAUUUACUGACCGGGAUUGAGGACAUCUGUGGACACUAUGGACACCACCACUGGAAAGACAAGCUGAACCGUUUCAACAAGAAGUACAUAAAGAAAUGCCUGAUAGCGGGCGAGCGCAGCAAGGAGCCCCAGCUCAUCGCCUUCUACCACAAGAUGGAGAUGAAGCAGGCCAUCGAGCUGGUGGAGAGCGGAGGGGGAGCCAAGCUGCCGUCCGCGAUGCCGUCCUCCGUCUCCAUGCAAAACAUCCAGCCCAAGAAGCCUCCGGAGAGAAUGCUGCCUCAGCUGUCAAAGGGUCAGGAGGAAGAGAUUCAGAAGAUUUUACGCAGCAACCUACAGAGAACGCGCCAGAGACUGCAAUCCUACAACAGACACACACUGUUGGCCGAUCCGUACGAGGACGGCUGGAACGAUAUUAUGAUCAAGAGGAAGAGGAUGAAGGAUCUGGAGAAGAAGAUCACUCACAUGAAUAAUUACCUGACUGUUCCAGCUGCAGCCCCCGAUUCUCCCACCAUCGCCAGAUCCAGACUCUCCUCUGACCCUCAAGCCUGGAGCAAACCCUCACUCGCAGUCAAAGACAUCCCGGCUAUAAAGGUGGACCUGGCCUCGCCCCAGAGCCCCGACUCGUUUGCCGUGACCGACGAGUUCGGCAAGGCGGCGAGCAGAGACCCGGAAGACGAGGGGGGGCUCUUCAUGAAGCGUCCGCCCUCCGAAAAGCGCAAAGAGGAGAAACGGGAGCAGGACGACGGCAAGGACCCGCGGCUCCUCCGCUGCCUGAGCGACCCCGGACCCGCCGUCGUCGACGAGGAGGACGAGCCCUUCCUGCCCUGAGAGGGGUCGUGUACACGUCACUACCACGCUCCGACACGGCACUUUUCUCCUCAGCAGAAAUAUUUUGCACUCGCGGCUCAGAAAUAAAUCAGAUUAAAUUUAGUGAAUGAACCAAAAACUGGAGAGAGUGUGGAGUGAGAGAGAGAGGUGACAAAAGGCCAUUUAUUUUUUAGCUUUAUUAUAUAUCAUAUUCUAAAGACUCAGAGUUUUGCGAUGUUAUGAAAUAGGAAACUGAACUAUGCAUUACCAAAGGAGUUCCGGUCACAGAUUUUUAUGUUUUUUGCCUUAUUUAGUUUUUAUUCAUGUGUGUGACGCCCGGUGUGGCGUGAAACCUUUAUCUAGUGUGUCGUAUAACAACGCGGGACCCUUUAUUUACAGAGCAAUAUCAAAGCAGGCGUCAGCUGCUUCAGCUUCGCCUGGAUGUGUGUUUCCUGUUUAUCUCUCACGUUUACUAACAUCUGUAACUGCUGACUCACGGCGGGUGACGUUUAGUGCGUCAGAUCUCUGUUUGUUGGCUCCAUUAAUUACUAACUGCAUGAAACCUGGCAGAAAAGGGAUUAUAAAUCUAAUUAUAUAUAUAGACAUGUACACACACACACACACACAAUUAGACGCGUUUACUCGGCACAUCACGCACAUUUACCAAAGCUAAUUCACAUCAUACGUCACUGCAACCAAAUCUUAGCCUCCUUUAUUGCACAGAGGCCGCCAACCUAUGAGGGUUUUACGUCGGUUGUAGCAUCCAGGCACGUCUCGGUAAACCAUAAUACCAUAAAAUUCAGUAAUAAGUC